AUGGAAGGGAAAUGGGCAGCUCUAUACGCGAAGCGCACCGCCAAGAAGAACAAAAGCUUCCAGGAUGGAUUCCUUCUCGUUAAGGCGAACAAGCUCGUGCUGCUGGAUGAAGGAGAAAAUCCGCUGGACGAGAAAUUUAGAGGGCAAAGGGAUGUUGUGAUGCAAGGGAGCGACCUAGAGUUUGAUCGAUACAUCGUGCAAGUGGAUAGUCGGGUUGGUGGUACCGAUGCUACCGGCGGAUCGAGCUCCACGAAAAAAGAUUUGGCUGCAGAGGAGGAGGAUUUGUCUCAGACAAAAACCAAGGCUCUCUACUUCCCGCUCAAGAAGAAACUAAAGCCGAGCAUCGAACGAAGAACAACCAAUCAGAUUCUUGAUAGACUCCGAAUGCCAAAUGGAUUUUCUCAACAAAGGAGCUCUCAGAAUGCGCAAGCCUCCCAAGUUUUUGUUUGCGACGAGAAUGGGAAAAACGCGUCUUUGUGUUUGAGGCUAAACAUUGUGCCCGAUGUCACUCCUCCAGUUCAGUUUUACUUCCAAGCUGCUGGACAGUUACAAAGAAACGUCGCCAUUCCAGACAAGUUCAAGGAUUGCUCCGAGUACAAGGAAGUUAUGUCUUCAGCACUGAUCGAAGAGAUUUCCCUGAUGAUUUCCGACUUUGCCAGGCGUUUCAACUCUGCAAAAGAAAAGAUCCAAGCUGCUAUUAAGCCCUCUUGCAGCCACGGAGAGUGCGAGCUACGCCGAAAUGACGAGGAUGGAGACUUUAAAGGGCGUUGGUUUUAUACUUGUUCAAGGAAUCCGCCUUGUAUGAAGUCCUGGGCAGACACUGCAAGUGGUAAGAGCGCCCAACUAUCUGCCGACGAACUCGAAAGACUUUAUGCUUCUUAUGACAUUAACCUCUAUGCGCACUGUCACCUAGUGAGAAGAUCUUCAAGGCCCGGAUACAUAAACAUCCAUUUGGGAAGAACUGUUCCCUUGAACUAUGCGAAGGGAGAUUUGAUGGUCAUUAGUUCCAGUUCAAACUUCCCGGAGAAAAACAGCGAGGAGUUCACUGUUGUGGCUACAAGUGAAUCGUUUGGCUCUUCUAGGAAUGCAGCCGUAGAGUUACGACUACAUGGACAACCAGUACCAAUAAGAGAAGGAAAGAAAAUAUAUGUCUUACAAGGGCCUAGUCUUCAAUCGGAGCUGACGAUGCUCGAUUGUAUAAGAAAGAUCCAAUCCUCCAGUACGCCGUUGUUACCUCUUCUUAUGGGAUCGGAUACGUAUGUGCCUAGACAGGCUGUAAUUCCGACGAGUAUGGACCGCGUAGCUAAAGAGGCAAUCUUUAAAUACAACCUGAACAGUGACCAGGCAAAAGUUUUGUUUACAGUGGGCGGAUGGUUUACAUCGGAAGAUAUCACUAUGCCCCGUGUCUGUCUCGUACAUGGACCAUUUGGAUCGGGAAAAAGUCACCUUCUCGUGGCGUUGGUUAUUUUUCUUUCAGAGAUUUUGAACAAACAAAAUGACUUCUCUACCAGGUUUAUCAUUGCAAGUGCAACUAAUAGCGCCGUUGACAGGGUGUUAACAGGGCUCUUAGAGCAUGGUUUUGAUGACUUUCUACGCGUGGGUUCUCUUGGCAAAAUUGCUAGCAAUAUUCUUCCCUAUUCUGUGCACGCAGCCUCAAAAAACUGCAAGGAGGAAGAUGAUGCCGAAAAAGACUUAAAAGGGCUGUUGAAAGAUGCAGUUGGAAAGGAGAGAGCGAGGAUUGAAAACGAGCUGAAAGCAAUAAAAGAUGGAAAACUAAAUCACCGCAAGACGAGGUUACAAAAAGUACGCGCUGUUGGGGUCACUUGCUGUUCUACAAUCAAUGAGGUUUUGCAUGGCAAUACGUUCAAGAUGUGUUUUCUGGAUGAAUGUUCGCAAAUAGUGGAGCCAUUGAGUUUGUUACCUAUAUCCCAAUUUCGAUGUGAAAGACUUGUCGCUGUCGGUGAUCCACAGCAACUUCCUCCAGUUCUUUCACCAACUGAAACAAACAGUUUUGCGAAGUCUGCAGAUCUUUCAAGGACUCUCUUUGAAAGGUUAGCGGCUCUUGGACACCGUCCUGUACCCCUUCAGACGCAGUAUCGUUGUCAUCCAAGAUUAUCAAGAGUCCCCAAUCGUUUGUUUUACGAAGGACGACUUGUCGACGGGUGCAGUGAGAUGGAGCGAUCGGCUUUGCUUCUUAGUAUACCACCUUUGGUGUUCUGCGACACAUGCAAGGAAGGAAAAGAAAAGAAGGAUUUCUUGACAGGAAGCUAUUCAAAUCCUUAUGAAGCAGAGACGGUGUGUUCCUUUGUCAAACUUCUAAUUUCGAAGACGAUUUCGGGGUCACAAAUUGGAGUGAUCGCUCUGUACAAAUCACAGUUUGAUACGUCAAAUGCUGUACCCCAAAGAUGCGUGUCCUGGUUUUGGAAGGAAGAAAGAAACCGCUCAUAGUGAAGUGGAAAAUGUUAAAGUGUCAACAGUUGACGCAUUUCAAGGCCUAGAGAAAGACGUGAUCAUCCUAUCUUGUUGCCGGACGGCUGGUUUGGGAUUUCUGGCAUCCAAGCAGAGGCUAAAUGUUGCUCUUACUCGAGCUAGACAUCAUCUUUUCAUAAUUGGAAGUGCAUCC